AUGGAAGGACUUCAACCUGAAAAACAAACUUCGGGUGAAAUUCUUUCAAUAAAUGAGAUACCUACACCCGUCAAUCAUGAUCUGAAGGAGAAGAGAGAGAAUAGUUCUUCUUCCCGAUAUCAGAUAAAAGGCCAGUGGAUAGACGAAGAAAAUAGGAGAUUUAUUGGCUUAGACGUUUGGACUGAAGAUGAAGAGAGUAAGUUAAUUCAAGUACAUGAAAGACUUGGAAAUCGAUGGCUAGAGAUAGCUAAGUACAUUCCUGGAAGAACUGAAAAUUCAAUAAAGAAUCAUUGGAAUGCCACAAAAAGGAGGCAGAUUUCAAGGAGAAAUAUAAAAAAAUAUUUCAGUAAUGGUUCCACCUCCACUAACUCAAAUUUCAGUACCACUACCACUGCAGCAAAUCCGUCCAACGUCGGUACACCACUCUCUGAUGAUGAAGACUCUACGCCAUUUUUCAGUUUCGAAUCAUGCAAUGACGAAAUGGACUUCAUGAAAACCCUGUUUGAAAACAAUCAGUCCAUCGAUUCAAUUCCAGUCGAUCACUGUCAACCAAUGAAUCUAGCUGAACGGACAUCUGAGAAUACUUGUAGCUUCAACGUUGAUGAAAAUUAUAAUCAUCCCACCAUUUUCUUCACUUCCCCGAAGAUUUUACAAACAACUAAUUCUCAGUUGCCUGCUGUAGAAUAUGUGGAAAAUGACUUAUUCCAUUCUGCUUCAAACCCUAUGGGAAAUAAAUUUUUCCCUUAUGAGAAUUUAGAUUUAAUCAUGGAAUUAAAUUCUAACUUUCGAAGCGUGGAGACUGAAGCUUCACAGAUUUAUCUUGAUGAGUUGUACUUUUCCUAUCAAUAG